GACGGGAGGGGUUGAGUACACACACGGAUAUAACAAAAAGAUUAGGAAGAUUUCGCGUAUAAAGUACGAGGCGCAGCCAGGACAAGAUCUCGUUUCUCAGAGUUGCUAGACACAUACAAGCCUUCACAAGCACAACCAAUCUACAGACUAUAUCGCAGCCAUGGCUUCAACCGAGUCCCAAACCACGUCCCUCGCAGAAAUUAACCGCGUCUUCUGGGAUACCUUCGCCGAUACGUUCUUCGAACAAGACUGGCUCAAGACCUUCGCCGAGCAGCUCACCCGCUUCCUCAGCACGCAGGCCCCGAAACUGGGACUCCGGCCACGGGACCCGGCCAACCCCGUCCGUCUCCUAGACUACGCCUGUGCAUACGGGGGUGCGUCUUGGGCCCUCGCCGCCUUCGUCGACGAGAUCCUGGGCAUCGACAUCGCCCCCGCCAUGGUAGGCCACUUCAACGACUGCGCCGCUCAGCUGGGGUACUCUCCUGCCCAGGCCCAUGCCGUCGCGGGGGAUCUGGCGACAGACCGGUCGUUAGCCGCCGAGGGGGGCUUCGAUGUUGUCGUUAUAUCAAUGGCACUGCAUCACCUCGACGACCCAAAGGGAAUGCUGGGCCUGCUUGCGCGGCGGCUGAGGCCCGGGGGUGUGCUGAUUGCCGUGGAGGCCGUGGAUGCCAUAGAGGCAGUAGCGGAUGUGGGGGAUGCGGAAGGCCACGAACAGUUUGAGCACGAGGUCCUCAAGACCACCGACCGGCACAUCGUCUUCGACGAGAAGCUGUUCGAGGGAUGGUUCGAGGCGGCUGGCUGCAACGCGGAGAGUUUCGUGUAUAUCGAGAACGAGGAGGUUAGUCACAUCCCGGAGAGUAUUGUCGGGAGGCCCGGGGGGCUGGACAGGAGGAUGGUCAUCGCUGCUUCGGUGAAAAGCGCUUAGACCAGAGUCCCCGUUUGAACAUCUGGGCGUGAUAAUAGUUAUUCUCAGGUGUCUUCCU